GAUGUUAGCUGAAAAACCACAAACCUGGCAACCCUACUGACAAUUGCACCUUGAGUAGUAGCGGUGAAACGCGGUCUUCAUUAGCAGCGUUGACGCGAAUUGAGGCGACUUAGGACGUUACUGCUCUCUUUGUAAGGAUACGCAGAAGAACGGAAAGGAACCAAAUGACAGCAGUUUAAUCGGCAAUGUUAGGCAGGUAAAAAACUGCGUGACUGUAGCCGCGACAUGAGUGACAAAGCCGAGAUGAGAGGGCCCAUAACUCGCUGGAGGAGGACGACCGUCACCGGCGGUGGAGCGCCCAGCGUGAAGCAGGCGAACGGGACUAAGUGUCACGAUGUUGGGAAGAAACUUCCACAGUAUAUCGGUGAACCCAAUACAGAAGCCGAGGUAUCCGGACCUGCAAGUACCAACGGGAAGGUGGACUGGGAGAUGGGGAUGUCACGGCAGCCGCAGCUCAGACGCAGCCCGAAGAAACAGAGGAGCGCAGUGGAGGACAUCAACGAGAAACUCAGCUGUCAUGUCCUCCAGGAGUCUCUGUUGAGCUCAGCCAGCGGCUACAGCAACUACAGAGGAAUCCUCAACUGGUGUGUUGUCAUGCUGAUGCUGGGUAAUGCUCGUCUCUUCUUGGAGAACAUUAUAAAGUAUGGCAUCUUGGUCGACCCUAUCCAGGUAGUGUCGCUCUUCUUAAAGGACCCCUAUAGCUGGCCAACACCUUGCCUCAUCAUUGCAUGUAAUGUGUUCAUCUUGGCAGCCUUGUACACAGAAAGGCGUCUGGCUGUGGGUACCAUUUCUGAAACGACAGGUCAGAUUCUUCAUAUUUUUAACCUGACCUCCACGUUGAUCUUUCCUGCAGCCACAGUACUCUCUGUGACCUCCAUGACCCCGGUGGGUGGUGUGUUCUCCCUAGCGAUCUACACAGUGGUUUUUCUGAAGCUGUAUUCCUAUCAAGAUACCAACAGGUGGUGUAGAGAAAUUAGACAAGCCAAAGCCAAAAGACUGACACGAUCAUACUCAUGUCCAUCUGUGGCACAAUCUGAUGGUUCAGCACUAACUAAUGUCUCCUACCCAGGCAAUCUUACACACAGAGACAUGUACUACUUUGUCUUUGCCCCAACUCUGUGCUACCAGCUCAACUUUCCACGAUCACCUCGAAUACGUAAAAGGUUCCUGAUGAGAAGACUUUUUGAAAUGCUUUUCUUAACGCAGCUCUUGGUGGGGUUAAUACAGCAGUGGAUGGUUCCCACUAUACAGAACUCAAUGAAACCAUUUCAGGAAAUGGACUUUUCUAGAAUGGUGGAGCGUCUGCUGAAACUGGCAGUCCCUAACCACCUGAUAUGGUUAAUGUUCUUCUACUGGUUUUUCCACUCAACUAUGAACUUUUUGGCAGAGCUGCUGCAGUUUGGAGACAGAGAGUUCUACAAGGACUGGUGGAACUCUGAGACCAUCACCUAUUUCUGGGCCAACUGGAAUAUCCCAGUGCACAAGUGGUGCCUGAGGCACUUCUAUAAGCCAAUGUUGAAGAGGGGGGUCAACAAGUUUCUGGCUCAAACUGCCGUCUUCCUGGUGUCUGCUUUUUUUCAUGAGUACCUGGUGAGCAUUCCUCUGAAGAUGUUCAGAUUGUGGGCCUUUAUGGGUAUGAUGGCUCAGGUUCCUCUGGCUUGGUUUGUUAGUCGCUUCCUGAAUGGGAACUAUGGCAACGCUGCUGUGUGGAUGUCACUCAUCAUUGGCCAGCCUGUCGCUGUGUUGAUGUACGUCCAUGAUUACUAUGUCAUUCACUACGGGACUACCACAAAGUACUAGGGGAACACAUACCAGCCUGCAGGACAUGCUAAAGAGUCCAUGUAGACAAAGUAAAGGGGGCAACUAUCGAAAGCUUUGCCAAUACAAACCUGUCAGUAAACCAUCGGAAGAUUGUUUUUGCACUUAAGAGAAACGGACCACAGUAUUUCAGGAAAUGAUACUAACAACACGAGAAGUGCUUGAUUUAAAGCAGGAUUCCACUUUUUGUAGGACAAACAUGACUUUUUAUGUUUAGCCUACAGUGUUAGCAAUUAUCCGGAUCCACCGUCACCACCAGCUCUAAAUGGAUGUUUCAACUGUGAGCAGUUAAUCCUGAACCCAAGGGGUCCCUCACCUUUAGAUUUGUAAGAAGUAUGAGUUUAUCUUAAACUAAUUUAACAGAAAAAAAGCUAAUGAUUUGGUGUUUGGGUUCCCCCGAGUUGCUUAUACUGGUGGAUCUAGAGUACUGAAUCUAAUUGUCCUGUGAGUUUUAACAACAGUUUCUUGAAUAUUAAAGCACUUCAGGGGAUUCAAAAGUGGAAAUACAGCUUGGAGCUAAGCACUCAGUUUUGGAAAACGCACACACCAUCCUGGGCAACAAAGGUGAACCACUGCCGAGCGAGUAUGAGCCACAACAGAACUGCCUUCAUAGAGCCGAUAGGAGCGGCUGUUUCUGUAUCAGUAGCUAUGUAAGUCACUUUUCUUACACUACCAGGCAAACGUUUGGCCACACUUUUCCAUUUAUUUGAAUGGGAAAGUCCAAAUUGUGACUGCUAGUGUUUUUCCAAAGGCAACAUGUUUUUUAAAGCUAUUUUGUUUCCAGAACCUAAAACUUUAAAAUUCUAAUCACAUUUAUGAUGUUUCUCCAGGUCUUCCAAUUGACCAUUAACAUUUAUUUUACAUGCUUUGUCCAUCUAUCUCCUCCAUUUGAUGCAAUGCAAUUAAAACUAUUAUAGCAGGAAACUGAAGGAAGCAAGGUGUUUUUGUGACCAUUUAGGUACAGUCAUGGACCUAUAGGUAGCUGCCUCUUCAACAUCAGUGCAAGCUCAGUAUAACAAUACAUGCUACAAGUGUUAUUUGUCUUUGCUUUUUUGUUUUUUGUGUUAAUUCUGACUACAGCUACCGACUAUCUACAGAAGAGGAUUAGUGCCACAAAAGAAAAACAAACUGAGUUCUGACUUUAAUCUCUUGAAAUUGAUGUAUUAUGUAAAAUGUGUUUUUAAAUUGGGAAUAUUUGUCCUCACUGAUCACAUUUCAGGGAAACCACUGUUAAAUCAUACCACUGGUCAUAAAGAACAUUCCUUAUAGAAAUUUGUAAGUGCCUGCUGUAAAAUUAUCCUUAAACUCAAAAGGUAAAAAAUAUAUACCUGUAGUUUUAUAUACAAAAGACAGGGGUCAAAUACUUAAAAAGGAAGGAAAUAUCCUAAACUUUAUUUUAUGUAGCCAAUAGAUUUGCAAUGCAUUUAUAUUUAUGGUGUCUUGAAAUAUUUGGGAACCUAAGAUUUAACAAUCCUCAGUUAAACGUCUUGUCCACAUGUAACCUGAAUAGACUAAAA